AAUACAUAAAACAAGCCCUGGUUUCCGAAACAACGCAUUACAGCCUAAACAGAGCUACGAAAACUUUGCACAGUACCCGUGACUGAGCUGAGCGUACAAUGCAGUGCUAGUUAAAAAGUGGAUACAUGAAAAGUUAAAAUGGAAAAAAUCAUCCUGCUGUUAUCGUUAGCCUUAUCAAUAAACGCUUAUAAGUUCUUCUCGAAUAAGCUGGACAACGAACCAUCUUUGUCAAUACUGUAUACUCACGACAAAAGCAGCGACGCGGUCGUUCAAGACUGUCUCAGCGAGAUGUAUCCGCGCAAGCUGUACAAGUAUCCUCUACAUAUUGAUAGAAACGAUGUACCUUGCAUAAUACAUUGUGUGCUCAAGAAAUUUAAGAUUAUGACUAACGAUGGGGUGAUCAACGUGAGAAAUUACUACAGAAGGGUGGCGGCUAUACAUAGAUAUGACCCGAGGAUUCUCAUUUCGGAUGUGGGCGACACGUGUGCGAAGAACAUCAACAAUAUGAACUUGGAUCACGAUGUGUGUAAGAAAGCAAAAGUGUUUAACGACUGUACGCAGUUAUAUGCCAUCUCAUUAACGUAAAACU